AUGACUGCUGACAAAGAUCUAGGACGGCACAAGGCGCGUUUAGUGGCGUGUGGCAAUAAGCCAGUGAUAGACGUGCAAUACACGCUUACGCUCGCCGCCUUCAUGGACAUGACGACAAUGAAAGUGAUCCUUGCACUCGCUGCGACUUAG